CGCCUACGAAAUUUUCUCGCAAACCCAAGGCGAAAUAAGUAAUUCGUGACUUCUGCAGCGAGAAACGGAGAGAAAUAGGGAAAGCGGUUUUGAAGAGAGACAAAACAGCGUGAGAGGGAGACACAUGGAGGACAUGUGACACAGAAUGUGUAUGGCGGAUCGCAACAGCUUUCUCUCUGGUAUAAACCCUAGCAUCACCUCUUCUGUUUCAUAGUGACGAAGAAUUACGAUCACGGUCUCACCGACUUCUGUAGUUAUUCAGAGAUGGCUGAGGUGACCAAAGUACUGUAUAUAGUGGUUGUAGACGAGCCAGAAAAAAGACAGAAAGGGAAGGGGUCGUUUCCAUAUACGCGUCCCGUUUUGCAGAGCACUCUGCAACUCAUUGGAUGCAAGGCGCGACACGCUUUCAAAAUUAGCCAAAGAGUUUUUGAAAUGCUGAAAAGUGAAUAUACAAGUGACACUGUACAGCAAGAAAUAACAGAUUUAUCAGGAAGAAUCAACUCUUCAACAGAAAAUUCUAAGAUUCAAGAUGGAGGCUCCACUGUUAGCACCUUGGAUAAAGUAGAUGUGGGCAACCGUUUGGUUUCUUUGAAAGAUGAUAGAAAGAAAAGCAUACCAUUUGAACUGUACAAAAGACGAACCACAAUAUUUGUUAGAAGAGAAGUUUUCUUAGAUGUUGUUUGUGACACACUGGCAGCGUACAAGUACGUUGGACCCAAUCAGAGGGCUGAUUUGGCUUUGGCAUGCAGAAUCCGCGAGAAAAAGGAAUCUGUUACUGUGCUGUUGUGUGGCACUAGUGGCUGUGGCAAGUCUACUUUAUCUGCAUUGCUGGGUAGCAGGUUGGGAAUUACUACGGUGAUAUCAACAGACUCUAUUCGGCACAUGAUGAGGAGUUUUGUUGAUGAGAAACAAAAUCCUCUUCUCUGGGCUUCAACCUACCAUGCAGGUGAGUACUUGGAUCCUGUGGCAGUUGCAGAAGCAAAAGCCAAAAGGAAAGCCAAAAAAAUGGCAGGCAUUGCACACUCACUGGCCAAGGACGAGGUAUCUGCAGCUUCCAAAGCUGGGAAACCUGAUACCCAAUUAUUUGAGGGGACCGCUAGUGGCACUGAGAUGAUCACUCCAAAACAAAUGGCUGUUGAAGGAUAUAAAGCACAAAGUGAGAUGGUGAUUGACAGCCUUGAUCGGUUGAUUACUGCAUGGGAAGAGAGAAAAGAAUCAGUGGUUGUUGAGGGUGUUCACUUAAGCCUUAAUUUUGUGAUGGGGCUUAUGAAGAAGCAUCCUUCAAUCAUACCAUUCAUGAUAUACAUUACAAAUGAAGAAAAGCACUUGGAACGAUUUGCCGUGCGUGCAAAAUACAUGACAUUGGAUCCAGCAAAAAAUAAGUAUGUAAAAUACAUUCGAAACAUUAGAACAAUCCAAGAAUACCUCUGCAACCGUGCUGACAAACACCUGGUCCCGAAAAUUAACAACACAAAUGUUGACAAGAGUGUGGCUGCCAUCCAUGCAACAGUCUUCAGCUGCCUUCGCAGGCGCGAGACAGGGGAGCAGCUUUAUGAUUUGACCACAAACACAGUUGCUGUGGUUGAUGAGGAGUACAGGAAUCAGUGUGCUGCCAAUUCGUUAAGCUCCAAGGGAAUGUUCCAACUUAUCCAGAGAAAAGGUUCUUCUAGGCAUUUGAUGGCUCUUCUAAAUACUGAUGGGUCAGUGGCAAAAGCAUGGCCUGUUGACUCAGUUGAUAGAAAUGGUAAGUUUGAACUGCGAACAGGAACUGAGAAUGGAGUAGGGAAUCCAAUGUACGGACCAUUGCAGAUUGGUAGUGCCGAGCCUGUCAAUCUUCAGUUCGGUCACUUUGGAAUCAGUGCUUGGCCCAGUGAUGGUGGGACAAGUCAUGCUGGAAGUGUUGAUGAGUCAAGGGCUGAUGGGACUGAUACUGGUAGUAGAUAUUACUCGUCUGCUUGCAGCUCGCCGAGGAUGUCUGAUGGACCUGCUAAGGAGCUCAAGGAAGAACUAUCAGUGCAUGGCAGUGAUGAAGAGAUCGACGAUCCACCUGAGGCAGACAGUGACGAUGAUCUCAGCGAUGACCAUGACAGACAUGUUCAUGAAGAGGUAGGCUCAGUUGAUGAGGAGUCUACAAAAUCAGAUGAAGAGUAUGAUGAUUUGGCAAUGCAAUACAUCCAGGAAAAUGGUUACUGGUCAGAUGACGAGUCGAGAGAUAGAGUAGUACCAAUUUUGAGGAAUCAAUCCACCCAGAAGAAAGAAGAUAAGUAUUGCCAAAAUCUGGAACUCUUCCUUACAACUCGUAGCGAGGCAUCUGAGCCAUUGUGCUCUUAUUCUUCUUUGCUUCUGGAGAAUAGAGUGAGAAGAGUGCCUCCUUUUGGCAAUGUAAAAAUGAGAAAACGCUCCCUCAGUAUCCCAGCAUUGGGAAAGCACGGGUCGGUUAUCAAUGGCCCUAUCCUUUCUGGAGCCCCUGGGAGGUAGCUGAACAAUUUUGGCCCGACUAAUGCUUUCCUGUUUUUUUUGUGUGGUUUUUGGUCGCGGUAAUGAGGCAGAUUAUCUUAAUCCUUUUUGUGUAAAGCAAGGCUAAACAUGCUGCAUCUCUGUGAAUGCUUCUUUAUUAUACUCUUGUUUUUAGCCGGGAAUAUAGAAAAAAGAGAGUUGCUCUU